AUGGCCGGGGAUUUGUUCCUGCCUUCGGACAUGUUCAGCGCCGGGAACAUGCUGUGGGCAUGCUUGACCCGGAGUUCCCCGUGGAAGGGUCGCACCCUGGCGGACAUUGUACUUCUCGUCCUGGAUGGCCAGCGGCCGUCCCUGCGGAAGAUCCCCGAGCCGAUGGCCGCCGCCGCGGGGGCCCCGCUGUUGGACUUCCUCCAGGCGGCCUGGAGCCCCGAGCCCCAGGACCGGCCCUCGGCCGCGGCCCUGCGCCAGGCGUGCGCCGCGGCGGCGGCCCCCGACCAGCCCGAGUGA